CUCAGUGCGACUAGGAUUCCUCAGGUCACCAGCAGGAGCGGGAGGCGGCUCUCUCGGAGUUCUGAACGAGCAGCGAAGUUAAUGAGUAACUGCUUCUCGCUCUGCCAUCCGGUUGCGAGCUCGGGCGUCAUGUGGGUUGGCAUCUUCAUUCUUCCUUGCCUUUCACCAAGGAGACUGGAGGAGCAAGCGUGUGGCGUGAGGGUGUGGGUCAGAAGCAGCUGCCUUCUCACUGGCUCAGAUGGAGCUGCACGUGCCCCCUGGCCUCAACAAAUUGGAGGCGGUAGAGGGGGAAGAAGUGGUGCUCCCCGCCUGGUACACGAUGGCACGGGAGGAGUCUUCAUCCCACCCCUGGGAGGCGCCCUUCCUGAUUUGGUUCUUGGAACAAGAAGGGAAGGAACCAAAGCAGGUCUUGUCUUAUUUCAAGGGUUCCCUGUCAAAUAAACCUGGAGUAACCCUGGUCCACUCCAUCUCCACACGGAAUGUGUCGCUGCACCUGGAGGCCCUCCAGGAGGGAGACUCUGGGACCUACCGCUGUUCUGUCAAUGCGUACGACAGUGACGGCAAAAAUAUAGGCCACAGCAUCAAAACGAUAGAGCUCAAAGUGCUGGUUCCUCCAGCUCCUCCAUCCUGUAGUUUACAGGGUGUACCCUAUGUGGGGACCAAUGUGACCCUGAACUGCAAGUCCCCAAGGAGUAAACCUACUGCUCAAUACCAGUGGGAGAGGCUGGCGCCAUCCUCCCAGGUCUUCUUUGGACCAGCCUUAGAUACCGUCCGUGGAUCUUUGAAGCUCACCAACAUUUCCACUGCCAUGUCUGGAGUCUAUGUCUGCAAGGCCCAAAACAGAGUGGGCUUUGCCCAGUGCAACGUGACCUUGGAUGUGAUGACAGGGUCCAAGGCUGCUGUGGUCGCUGGAGCAGUGGUGGGCACUUUUGUUGGGUUGGUGCUGAUAGCUGGUCUGGUCCUGUUGUACCAACGCCGCAGCAAGACCCUGGAAGAGCUGGCCAACGAUAUCAAGGAAGAUGCCAUUGCUCCCCGGACCUUGCCUUGGACCAAAGGCUCAGACACAAUCUCCAAGAAUGGGACACUUUCCUCAGUCACCUCAGCACGAGCUCUGCGGCCACCCAAAGCUGCUCCUCCAAGACCUGGCACGUUUACUCCCACACCCAGUGUCUCUAGCCAGGCCCUGUCCUCACCCAGACUGCCUAGGACGGAUGGGCCGCCACCUCAGGCAGUGUCCCUGACCCCAGGUGGAGUUUCUUCUUCUACUCUGAACCGCAUGGGUGCCGUGCCCGUGAUGGUACCUGCACAGAGUCAGGCCGGGUCUCUCGUGUGAUAGCCCAGGCACUCGUUAGCUACAUCUGGUAUCUCACCUCUCUGGAAAGGUCUCCUGUGGCACAGAGGACUGAAUCUUGGGAAGAUACCCACGCUCUAGACCUCCAGUCCUUUGCCCCUACCUACUCCUAUUGUUGGAACACUGGGCCUCACUAAGACCAAAAUCUGGGUCAAAGGACACAAGGAGGAAACGGAACUGAGGUUGGGGGUUGGGGGUGAGGAGGCUUCACUUCCUCCCUGCUUCUCUCUAUGAAGCCAGAUGAAUGCUGCUGAGAUUGGCUACCCUCCAAGGGCUCUGGAGGAGACUGCCGGUCAGUGAUGCCCCUGGCUCUGUGAUCUCUACAGCACCCUUAUCUAACUCGUCCUUCGCCAUUCACUUCAUCUCCCUGUAUUAAUGUAACCUGUCCUGCUGGCUUGGCUGGGUUUUGUUGGAGCAGGGGAUAGGGAAGACAUUUUAAACCUGACUUGAAAUUGAUGUUUUUGUUUUCGUUUUGCAAGUUUCAAUAAAGAUACAUCGAAUUUACAUGGACAAGUAA